UUGUUGUGGCGUCUGCCCUUUUUUCACUCCCUCCCUCUCUCUCUCUCUCUCUCACUCUCUCUCUCUCCGCCGCCUCCCCUUUUUCUCUCCGUCUCCCUCGUCCCUACACCUCCAGUCUGCUUCUGUUGUCUCGGCGGAUUGUUGGGUUGCUUGUGAAAGGAGAGAGAGAGAAAAGGAUAUCGCGAGUAUUGGAGUUUUGGUGAGAGUUUGUGGAAGAUGGCGCCUGUUGUGACAGGGAAGUUCGGGGAGCGCCCUCAGCCACUGCGCCUAACAAGAGAAGCGAUGAGGAAUUACCUGAAGGAGCGAGGCGACCAAACUGUCAUGAUCCUGCACGCAAAAGUUGCACAGAAAUCCUACGGCAAUGAGAAAAGGUUCUUCUGCCCUCCUCCCUGCGUUUACCUGAUGGGCAGCGGCUGGAAGAAAAAGAAGGAGCAGAUGGAGCGAGACGGCUGCUCUGAGCAGGAGUCGCAGCCCUGUGCCUUCAUCGGCAUCGGCAACAGCGAUCAAGAAAUGCAACAGCUUAACUUAGAGGGAAAGAAUUAUUGCACAGCCAAAACCUUGUACAUAUCCGACUCCGACAAGAGAAAGCACUUCAUGUUGUCUGUCAAGAUGUUCUACGGCAACAGCGCUGACAUCGGCGUCUUCCUCAGCAAGAGGAUCAAAGUCAUCUCCAAGCCCUCCAAAAAGAAGCAGUCCCUCAAAAACGCUGACUUGUGCAUCGCAUCAGGGACCAAGGUGGCACUGUUCAACCGGCUUCGGUCCCAAACAGUCAGCACGCGCUAUCUACACGUGGAGGGCGGUAACUUUCACGCCAGCUCCCAGCAGUGGGGCGCCUUCUACAUCCACCUGUUGGAUGACGAGGAGUCAGAAGGAGAAGAGUUCACUGUGAGAGACGGUUACAUCCACUACGGCCAGACAGUCAAGCUGGUUUGCUCUGUCACCGGCAUGGCCCUGCCCAGACUGAUCAUCCGUAAAGUGGACAAACAGACGGCGCUGCUGGACGCCGACGACCCCGUCUCCCAGCUUCACAAGUGUGCCUUCUAUCUGAAGGACACAGAACGCAUGUACCUGUGCCUUUCCCAAGAAAGGAUCAUCCAGUUUCAAGCCACUCCAUGCCCAAAGGAACCAAACAAGGAGAUGAUCAACGACGGCGCCUCCUGGACAAUCAUCAGCACAGACAAGGCUGAAUACACUUUCUACGAGGGCAUGGGCCCCGUCCACUCGCCUGUCACCCCCGUGCCUGUGGUAGAGAGCUUACAGCUAAACGGCGGCGGCGACGUCGCCAUGCUGGAGCUGACGGGACAGAACUUCACUUCAAAUCUGCGGGUCUGGUUCGGAGACGUCGAGGCUGAGACCAUGUACAGGUGUGCGGAGAGCAUGCUGUGCGUGGUGCCCGACAUCUCCGCCUUCCGCGAGGGCUGGCGCUGGGUGCGGCAGCCCGUCCAGGUGCCCGUCACGCUGGUUAGGAACGACGGCAUCAUCUAUUCCACCACACUGACCUUCACCUAUACGCCGGAGCCCGGGCCGCGGCCGCACUGCAGCGCCGCCGGGGCCAUCCUGCGGGCCGGGAACUCCAGCCUGCUCAGCAACAACAGCCAGGAGGCCGGCCCCGGCGUCUACGGCCCCAACAGCACCUCCAACGCCGGAGUCACGUCCUCAUCCUCCGCCGCGGCGGCCGUGGUCUCCUAACGCACACACGGGGGCCACACACAUACGAUAUAUGCCUUGAGAGCAAAAUGUACCCACAAGGUAUAUAAAGACUACGGGAAAUAAUAAACAAAGACUGACUCACUCUAAAGUGCUGCGUAUUAAUUUUGGAUACAAAGAAGCUGAAAUGGAAAAAAACAAAUUGGCGGGAUAAAAGGAGCGAACGCAGGGGGAAAUCUGAAGGAGGAGUGACAUCACAACGGGAAUAAGCGCUCCUUGACCCCGCCCCCUCUCCUGUGGUUACUUUAGGGACCUGCCUAUCCACUUCUGGUGUUUGGAAUGAGUGAAAUUCCUGCCUACCUUUCUAUGGCUGUGAGAACGGAAAAACCACAACAACAAUACAUCCACCAGUGUACAAAAAAAAAAAAAAUCUCUUGAAAGGAAAAGUAUAUUUUUGCUCCUCCCAACCCCCUCCCACCACUUGUUUUAUAAUUAUUCCUUUUGUUUUGUGUUAUUUUUGAUUUCCUAAAAAGGGGGGCUGGAUGUAUUGUUGUCGGAGGGAGCGCGAGGACGCAGAGGGACACACAUAAAACGUGACGAUAACAUAGUUUUUAUGGACCAAGGAUCUUGUAUAAGCUUUAGUAAAGGUACAUUUUUCUCCAUACCUUUUUUGUAUUAAACAUAUAGUACACUUUUGUUACCAAAUAGUUUCUAUUCUUCCUCUGAGCUUGGGCUUUGUUUUCCCCCCUUUUUGAGGUCCAAAAAUCCCAACCUGUAUGUUAUUGCGACCUUAACUACAAAACGCCUGCUUUUUCAGUCUUUCAGAUUGAACUCUUUUUUUUUUUAUACUUCUUCUGUUGGGGAAAAAAAAUCUGAAGUCUGGGUUGUUUAUUUUACAUAGGCGAAGGUUGUUUGUUUUUUUAAAAUUGGGGAAUAACCUCAGAGGGCCUAUGUUUUUAUCAUUGGUUUUUAUGAAGUCUUUAAAAAGAAAAGCUUUAAGCAACGCCUCUGCCUUGCCUGCAAUACUCUAUGUGCGCUAUGUCUCCUUCUUGGAAAAGUAUACACGUCAGUACAUCUCACAUGGAGCCAUAGCAACAUCUGCAGAAUACAUGAAAAACUAGACUUCCACAAAACGAGUCAAACUAAUGUAUCACGACUUAAAAAAAGGAUAGCCUUAGUACUGUAUAUUCUUACCGUGUACACAGUCUCACAUAUCUAAUAUCUGUUGCUCUAUCGGUUUUUUAACGUAUCAUCAUGUAGUGAAACUAGCGAGGUGUCUUCCAGUUGUGUGCUGUAGUUCUGGUGGCAUUUAACUUCCAAAAAAAAAAAGACUUUUCAAUUCGAUGUGGCCUUACCGAUAACGUCAAUUACAAACAAAAACUCAUCUUUUUCUUCUCUGCUGUUUACUCACCUCGGAAGAAACCUGUGCGUAGCACAAAAACAAGCCUCGCUUCUUAUCACUGGGAGCUCUGCUGUUUUGGGCUCAAUGCUGCGGCUCCACCUUAUCAUGCAAAGCAAAGCAGCCUUCUAGAAGGACCUCUCAAAGCCUUCGUUUGUUUUCGUCGGUGUACAAGUACAAUAAGCCCGUUUUUUAUUCUCAUGCGGUGCCCAGCACCUUUUCACUCUUUGGUACACGAGCGCUGUAAAAGCUCUUUUCAGCCUUCUUUUUUCAACAACAAAAACAAAAAAAAUCUGUGGUUUAUUAUCUUUGCAGAAACAAAAGCGUGUGUACAUUGUCGAGUAGUUGCACUCAUCCGUGUUCAUGGCGACCGCGUCUCCUGUAGGAGUAUAAAGGCCUUCUAAAUGUGUGUUAUUGAAGAUGUGCAUUUUUCCAAACAGAACAGCAAUAUUGUACAGGUCAUCGUUUUUUUUUGUCCGCCUGAGCACUAGUUCACCAGCCAGCAAAAUAUAUGUGUGUGUGUGUGUAUGUGUGUGUGUGUGACUGUCAUACUGUAUGUAGUUGCUGUAAUGGAAUAUUGAGUCAGACUCGCUCCAUUUCAAACUGCUCUCCAAAAAAAAAAAAAAAAGAUAUGGGGUGUUUCUGUCUUCCACCAGGAUCCAAAUGUCUGAUGAUAAUUGUGGAUAAACAUUCAAAGGCAAUACUUGUGAUCUUAGUAUUACAGUACAACUGUAUACACACUUCCGGGAGAAAAAAACAAAAAGAACAAUACUGUAACUUGAAUGUCUGCUUAAUGAAGUGUUUUCCUACAAACAAAACCCUUGAAAUAGGAACAAAAAAGGAUUCGCUUGCACCCCUUUUCAAUGUAAAAAAAAAUAAUAAGUUAUGCCGCCACCCUCGCCCCCACCUGUUAAUGUUAAAUGUUUUAUAUUGUAAUAUUUUUUAAAUUAUUGGUACAAAGUCUCCCCUUGUCUUAUGUCAAAAAAAAAGUGCAUUAUUGCCCGUGCUGCCUAGGUUGGCCUGGGAGUGUUUUUUUUUUUUAUUUUAUUUUUUUAAAGGGGCCACUUCUUGUAUUGGUGCAGCAGCAACGGUGUAGCGUCAAAUACUUGCGCUCCUUCACACUGAACUCUGCAGGUCAACCUGAACCCUUUACUCUGCAGGAUGGAGGUCACACAAUCUUAACUGUAGAUUUUUAGUGUUUUUUCUACUAGCUCUAAAUUCAGUUUUUUUAAACAUCACACACCCCCGUUUCCCCCUCGAGGAUAUUUUUUUUUUUUUGUUUACAUGCUGAGUCGCCUCUGACGGCUAACCGCCCCCCAGCUCCUCUACAUAUUCAUCACGCGAGUCUGAACAGAAGCAGCUUUGUCACAAAACUAAUAAAAAAGGGGGUGAUGCAUGCUUUUUAAAAAAAAAAGAAAAAAAAAUGUGUCGCCUUGACAAUCUGAGCUGGUUUACAGUUUAUUUCUCUUAAAACGUUAAGAGAUAGGGAGGAUACUAUCAAUAAAAGGGGUCAAAAAUGUUACAUGCCUUCUUGAAAAAAAACGCACGCUGGCGACAAAAAGAGAAAAAAAAAAAAACGCCAUCUCAUUAGCGAUGCUUUUUUUUUUUUUUUUUACAAAACAUCUUAACUGGUUUCUUUCUCUUUGUGUGUGUGUGUCUGUUCAUAUUUGUUUUUACUCUUCCAAAAGCAGCUGUUUGUUUUUUUUUUUUAUAAUGAGCUCUGAACAAUGUAUGUAUCCUCUAAUAUGCCAAAUGUCUUUUUAUAAUGUAGAUUUCAUGCACUGCUAAACAAAAACAGGGCAGAGUGAGAGGCAGCUUUAAACAAAUAAAAAAAAAAAAGGAGUGUGGAGCCCUUCUCUGUCGCACUCAGCCUUACUUCUCCUUAAGACUAUUUGGCUGUUUGCACUACAGAGCGCUAACCUUUUUCUUUUUCUCUCACACACAUUUCAUCCUCACUCUUUUACCGCUCAUGUUUAUGUAUGUACAUUUGGAGUUCCCCAUCCCUUCCCCUCCCUUUUCUUUGUUUUUAACAUGAAGCCUGUUAUGCUUAGCUUUGCUACAGUCGGAUCACCUUUCCGUUUUUCCCCCCUCUCCUCUCCUUUCUCCUUUCACUCUCACUGUAUCUGUGUAUUAUUCUAGUAAAUGGUAAGCAGAGGUGUCAUUGUGGUAGUAUACUCAGUGCUCAAAGAGGGUUGCUGAUGGUAGAAACCUGUGCCGUUUGUAACAUUUAGCAAUAACGUCAAAAACAAAAGGGGACGGUUGUAUUUUUUUUUUUUUUGAUAACAUAACGUUAGUUUUGUUUUUUGUACAUAUUGCAGCUCCAGAUCAUGCUCAAAUCUGUAUGUCAUUAAAAGAAGAAAAAAAAA